GUAGAGUUCGGUACGAGUGUCGUUGUGAAGUGCAGACUGCAGAGAUGGCAGGUGCAGGAAGAACUGCGGGCUCGGCGCCCCUCCUGGUGGCCCUGACACUGCUCAGCAUCGCGCAUAGCUCCGACGGAACUAUAAAAUGCGCAAUGUAUGUGAUGGACAAGCCUGGGAACAGUUUCGGAAGGCUGUACAGCGGCAAAGAGAUGAGCAAGCCUAUGGUAGACUGCGAUAACCCAGAUAUGGCCGUCAUGAAACGAGUCUGCUCCGGCUGGUUCGCCAAGGUGAACUCCAAGUGGAGCCUGGACGCGACAAGCCGAUCUCGUGGCAGUCCCCACACGAUUGGAGACGACCUCUGCCAGCUGCUCAAGACGGGCACGUUCACGUUUGGCGCCUUCUAUACGUACUGCGGGGAGGACAAGCCUAUGUAUACUGGAUCAGAACGAGAAGAUGCCACCCUCUGCUGCAAGGACGGAGCCACCUGCUGAAAACGGCGGCAUGCUGAAAACAGCCGGCCUGAGGACGGGCGACCUGCUGAAAACGGCGGCCUACUGAACAUGGCGGCCCUAUGUACGGGACCACUUGCCGAAAACGGUGACCGCCAGGACGGGCGUCCUGAUGGAAGCGGCGGACCCUGAAAACAGUUGGCCGAUCCAUCGGUAACAGCCAUAGGUAUCGGCGGCGCUGUUGCACGGUUGUGGUCAUAUGUUGCGAAAAUAAAUGAAAUUAGCGCAAACAAAA